CAGUCAUGUUGGAUUCACUAUUUUUCCAGAGACUUAAUACACCAUUGAUCCAAGUUGUAUUUUUGGGUAUUGUUUCUUUAUGUGGACCCGGCAUGUUUAACGCCCUUUCCGGUUUGGGUGCAGGUGGAUCCAUGAGUGCCAAUAUUGGUUUAAUCGAUUCUGCCAACGGAGCUCUGUAUGGUUGUUUUUCUAUUGUCGGCUUCUUUGCAGGUACUUUUACAAACACAGUGGGUGUAAAAUACACAUUGACAAUUGGCUCUGUUGGAUAUGCAAUCUAUGCCGCUGCCAUGUGGGUUUAUGAUCGUAAACAAGUUUCGGGUUUUGUGGUAGCAGCGGGUGCAAUUCUCGGAUGUUUGGCUUCAUUGUUUUGGAGUGCGCAGGGAUCGAUCAUGAUGUCUUAUCCAGAAGAAAAAAAUAAAGGUAAAUACGUUGCUAUCUUUUGGGCGCUCUUUAAUUUCGGUGGUAUUCUCGGCUCAGUUAUUGCUUUGGGUCUUAAUCUGGAGAAUGAAGCAGGCGGUGUUUCGACAGGUACAUACACAGCAUUUGUCGUGGUGAUGCUUGUAGGUGUGGUCUCCUCUCUUAUUAUUGCAACACCCUCCAAUGUCGUACGUCCAGAUGGUACACAUGUAGCAGUAACAAAGGCGUCGGAUUGGAAAACCGAAUUAAAAGGUGUAUUAUUGGUUUGGAAAGAAUGGCGUAUGAUUUAUCUCAUUCCUGCCUUUUUGGCUUCUAACUGGUUUUAUUCAUACCAAUUCCGUGUUAACGCUGUUUACUUUGAUCCAUCCGCUAGAGCCUUGAAUGACACCAUGUAUUGGGGUCUUCAAAUCGUUGGUUCACUCUUGAUCGGUCUGUUGUUGGAUUAUCAAGGCAUGUCCCGUCGUGGGCGUGGUUUAGUAUCACUCGGAGUCCUGUUUUUAAUCGUUAUGGCUGUCUGGGCGGGCGGAUUUGCUUUUCAAUUGACUUUCAAUAAUGAUUAUCAUAACCCUAUUGGUUGGAAAGAUGAUAGUUUUGGAGGCCCUUUUGUGCUCUACAUGUUUUACGGUUUCACAGAUUCACUUUAUCAAUCUUAUCUUUAUUGGUUGAUGGGUGCCAUGUCUAACAAUCCUUCCUUACUCGCUCGUUAUGCAGGGUUUUAUAAAGCCACACAAUCUGCUGGUGCUGCCAUUUCUUUUGGUAUUGAUGCCAUAGACAUUCCUUUACGCUGGGAGUGCCUUAUUUGCUGGAUUUUGGUCUUCAUUUCUUUCCCAUUGAUCGCCAUUGUUGCUAACAAUGUUACAGAGACCAAUGAAAAUAUUCCUGAAAUUGUGGGAUCAUUUAAUGAUAUGGAGUCCAUUAGUUCUUCCGCUAAUGAAAAAACACACAUAGAAAGAACACACUCAUUUGAAGCUUAG